GCAUCCGUAUGGUCCCUGGAAGUUAUUCCCCUGUAAAGGAGACUCUUUGAAAACGCCUCAAGAAGGUUUUUUCAUGCAUUUAGAACAGUGAUUUUAUGUUGUUUCUUGUAUAUGAACAAUAAAGUGCUCUGAGUUACAGAAAAAAAUGAACCACCAAUGGCCAGCUCUUGCAGAUACUUCACCGCGUGAAUUGUUUUUCAUGCUCAGCACUAGCAAAAGAAAGAAUACGAUACUAAACUCAAUUCUACAAGCAAGAAUCCCCCUUUUCCUGAUUUUCCUUCACUAUAUUCGAUUUCAUAUAUAAUUUUGGGCAAAUUUAUGACACUUGCACGAUUCCUCUCGCAAUUUCCUUGUUACUGCACUUUGCUUAAACCACUGGUUUUGUAUAUUUCACAAUCGAGAUAUAUAUAUAUAUAUUCAUUAUUCAAGAAGAAAGUGGAGAAGAUGAGUAUGUGCAAUAUGUUUGGAUUUCGCAAGCACAAGGGCAGAAAUUUAGCAAGAAGUGGUUCGACCUCUUCUUCUACUUCCAUUGUAAAUUUGAAGGGUACAAGCGGCAGAGCUUCUAGCAGGGUGAUGGACAAGAAGAAAAAGUAUGAAUACAUACCUGAUAAUUUUACAUCCAUCGACCAGGUAAUGGGGGUCAAACUGGGGCUAAGUUUGGUGAAUCCGAUGCUGGUGUCUCCAUGUGUGUUUCUUUUGGGUUUAAUUCCCCAAGUUGAGGUCACAGUUGCCUUGAGGGAAUCUGGUCUUGAGUCAUCAAAUCUGAUUCUGGGAAUUGAUUUCACAAAAAGUAAUGAAUGGACAGGUAAAGUGUCAUUCAACAAUAGAAGCCUGCAUGCGGUUGGUGAUAUACCUAAUCCAUAUGAAAAAGCUAUAUCCAUUAUCGGAAAAACUUUGGCCCCUUUUGAUGAAGACAACUUGAUUCCUUGUUUUGGAUUUGGAGAUGCGACUACAUGCGAUCGGGAAGUAUUUAGCUUUCACAGUGAUCAUACUCCUUCUCAUGGUUUUGAAGAAGUUUUAGCCCGCUACAAAAGAAUAGUUCCAAAUUUGCGAUUGUCUGGGCCAACAUCUUAUGGGCCAGUUGUGGAUGCUGCAGUAGACAUAGUCGAGAGAAGUGGUGGACAAUACCAUGCUUUGGUAAUCAUAGCAGAUGGCCAGGUAACAAAAAGUACGAGAAAUAAGGAACUCAGCCCACAAGAAUCGGAAACUAUAAACUCUAUUGUCAAUGCAAGUUUGUAUCCUCUCUCAAUUAUUCUUGUUGGCGUCGGUGAUGGACCCUGGGAAGAUAUGAGAAACUUUGAUGACAAGAUCCCUGCUCGUGAAUUUGAUAAUUUUCAGUUUGUUAAUUUCACUGCUGUUAUGUCCAAACAAGCAACACCGUCUGAAAAAGAAACUGCCUUCGCUCUUGCUGCUCUUAUGGAGAUCCCUAUCCAAUACCAAGCAGCUAAAGAACUUCGUCUACUCGGAGGGGUAACGGGUAAGGCAAAGAAAAUCGUUCCUAGGCCUCCACCAGUUCCCGACACUAGACGUGUAUCAUUUCCAUCCCAAGAACCCAGUAAUACUUCGAUGGCUGUGCAAGAUGACCGAAAUCAGGUCUGCCCUGUUUGUCUAACCAACGCUAAAGACUUAGCCUUCAACUGCGGACACAUGACUUGCAGAGACUGUAGCUCGAGAUUGUCGGAUUGUCCCAUAUGUCGACAGCGCAUAACCAAUCGCCUCAGGCUUUACACUUGAUGAUCGUUGCUCGAGCAAGAAGUCUCGACCCCAAAAUUUAACUACAUUAUAAAGCUAUACAAACAUCCUUCCUUCAAGGAGAAAGCAGCAGCAAUGGUGCUAAGCGUGUAAUUUUUACAUGUAAAUAUAUUAUGUUGAUGUGUAUUGUCUCUCAAAGUAAAAACUCUCGAUUUUCAUUUAUUGAUUUAUUUUUGAAAAAAAUAUAUUGAGACAUGUUGGCUACAUGAAUGGUUUAGACUUGUUCAUAUCA